UUCAUCCUUCAGGCCCCGUAGCGGACAUUUGUGUGGAGGACCUCGGCAGUGCGGGACGUGUCCAGUCGUGGAGGCUUUGAGGUCCGAUCAGCAAAGCUCUCCGGCCGCGGCCACGACUGCUCCUCCAUACCGGGUUUAUUCUUCUCAUUCUCACCACAAAACUCAACAUUUUUAUUUUUUUUUAAAAACAUUGUUUUUCUUCUUCCCGGGUUUUACUUCAGGAUUUCGUGCUGGUGGUUUCAUUUAAAAUCCGGGCACCAUAAAUAUAUAUUUGUUUAUAUUUUUUUAUUGCGAAUCAGGAUUCCCACCUUCCACCGCGACCACUAACUUUGGACCACCGAAGACCAGUCUGUCGCCAGUCGAGGAGGAGCAGGAGGGGGUGGGGGGCAGCCGAGAAGAAGAGCUUGGACACCGAGCAGCAAGCCCAUAUGUGUCCGCUUGACUGUGCGUGAGGACGGGGAGAAGGGAAACGGAGCUCCCCUGUCGCCACCGGCCGCUUGUUUUCCACCGUGCGGAGGAAGCGGCAGAAAGGGAUUUAGCCUGAAUCACGCCACGGGAAUUAAACCUGGAGGAGAUUUCACGAUCUCUGAAGGUCCUCAAUGGGACUCCUAAACCUCUGAGGGGUUUCGCACAAAAGGGCCCAGGAGGAGCAGGAGGAGGAGGAGCAAGAGGAGCAGGAGCAGCAGGAGGAGGAGCAGCAGGAGGAGGAGGAGGACAAAAGGAGGGAUUAGCUCUAUCUGUCGGGGGUGCAUGCCCCCCCCGAGACCCCCCCUCCCACUCGGACUUCCUCUUUUUCACUUUAUUUCUUCCAUUGACCGACAGAAGAGGAGAGAAUGCUCGACCGACUGAGUCGUGGUUGUGUGGGGGCGCCGGGCCUCCCCAGGACUAGAGCCCUGCUGCUGGGCUUCCUGCUGGCCGUGGCGGGGGGCCGGCUCCCCACGGCGGGGGCCGGCGGCGCCGACGCCGAGAUCGACGCGCUGGGCGGGAUGCUGAUGACGGGGGAGGGCGAGAUGGCGGUCGGAGAGCGCCACCUGGAGGCCUCCAUGCACUCCUCGCUCCUCCAGGACUUCCGGGACGCGACGGAAGGCAUGCGGGCGCCGGAGGCGGAGCCGAACUCGGCGACGCCCACGACCGCCUUCCCGGACUCCUCGGCGGUCGUGGGUCGGAUCUUCCAGAUGAAGGUGCCGAACAAGAUGGAGGACGUUUACCUGAGCGAUGUUGUCAAGAUCUCCGAGAUGGGGAAGGACUCCCUCCCCGCCUGGCUGCACUGGGACGCCAGCAGCAGAGUCCUGCAGGGUCUUCCUUUGGAGGAGGACAAAGGCGUCCAUUACAUCUCGGUAUCCAUCUCCAACCACUCCAGGUCCUCCUCGUCUUCAGAGGCGUUCUCCAUCGAGGUGCACCCUGAAGAUCAUCUGGACGCAGACGCAGCCCAGCUGGCCUCCAACCAGGCCUCCAGUGAAGAUGACGUCCAGCCGUUCAUGUGUAGCAACGAGCGGCCGAUCACACUGCUGACAGUCAUCCUGGAUGCCGACUUGACCAAGAUGAGCUCGCAGCAGAGGGUGGAGCUCCUGGAUGAAAUGAGGAGCUUCUCCGGCGUGGAGCUCCAGCACAUGAAGAUCCUCCCUGUGGUCAACAACAGGCUGUUCGACAUGUCUGCAUUCAUGGCCGGGCCGGGGAACGCCAAAAAGGUGGUGGAGAACGGCGCUCUGCUGUCCUGGAAGCUAGGCUGUUCACUGGACCAGAGCUCAGUCCCAAACAUCCACAGUGUCCAGGGUCCUGCAAAGGAAGGGACCAUGUCCGCCAAGCUGGGCUACCCUGUGGUGGGGUGGCACAUUGCCAACAAGAAACCCCAUGUCCCGAAGCGGGUGAGGCGCCAAUUAAACAACACUCCGACACCGGUGCUGGCGGUGCUUCCUCCAACAACCGUAGUGGAGCCUCCGGUGAGGAUUAUCCCAACCAUCUCCUCUCCUUCUAUUGCUGCACCAACCGAAAGCUCUGCUCCCCCUGUGAGAGGCCCCGUCCCCAUACCAGGCAAGCCUACGAUCAGAGUCCGGGACCCUAUUGCCCACACCCCAACCCAGGUUCCGCCUCAACCAACAAGGGUAGUGGAGACCACCAGCACCAUUUCUAUCCAGCCAACCAUCACUAGGCCUACGUAUGUAGAGGCCACCGCUACACCACCUGCACCCACUAGAAGACCUACUAAGAAACCUAAGAGACCCAAAACCACACCGAUGCCCAGAGAACCAAAGACCUCCACAGCCAAGCCGUCCAGACGCACCACAACGCCGCCUGCCGUCAUCCCGGACCCAUACAACGAGAAACCUGUGCUGCGAAACCCCAUCGACCAGGUCAGUGCAUUGGUUGGCACCUAUUUCGAGGUCAAGAUCCCAUCUGAUACAUUCUUUGACAAAGAGGACGGGACAACUGACAAGCUGCGUCUAACUUUGAGACAGAACCACAAUGAAGUGGUAGGAGAGGGCUCCUGGAUCCAGUUCAACACCACCAGCCAACUUCUCUAUGGCCUACCUGAUGUCCAACAUGUGGGGAAACAUGAAUACUUCAUGCAUGCGACUGACAAAGGUGGCCUGAAUGCUAUCGACGCUUUUGAGGUCCGCGUGACCCGCUGGCCCAUCAACGACAAGACCCCUGUGAUCUUCACGGCCCGAUUCGAAGGUGACCCGCAUUCGAUAACAAAUGACAUCCACAAGAAGAUCCUUUUGGUCAAAAAGCUGGCCUAUGCACUUGGAGAUCGCAACAGCAGUACAGUCAGUCUACGUAACAUCAGCAAAGGGUCGAUUCUGGUGGAGUGGACCAACACCAGCCUCCCGCAGCACCCGUGUCCGAAAGAGCAGCUCACAGUCAUGAGUCGGACGCUCGCCAGUGCUGACGGAAAACCCUCACAGACUUUCAGGCACUCUCUGGAGCCAGAAUUCAGACCACUGAACGUCAUGGCCAAGGGUCGGGCGAGCUGCAGAACAUAUUCCUUCAUCCCACCCGGAGACAUUGAUAUACCACAACCUCCAGCAGUCACGCCGGCUCUGGGAACAGGCCGGCAAAGCACCGAUGACGUCUAUCUCCACACGGUCAUUCCCGCCGUGGUGGUGGCGGCCAUCUUGUUAAUAGCGGGCAUCAUUGCGAUGAUCUGCUACAGGAAGAAGCGAAAGGGCAAGUUGACCAUCGAGGACCAGGCCACCUUCAUCAAAAAAGGUGUGCCGAUUAUCUUUGCGGAUGAACUUGAUGACUCAAAGCCGCCUCCGUCUUCCAGUAUGCCCUUGAUUCUACAGGAAGAGAAGCCCCCACUCCCACCCCCCGAGUACCCCAACAUGGCCUCGCCAGAGACCACUCCCCUCAACCAGGAGCUGCUGGGGGAGUACACAGCCCUGCGGGACGAGGACCCCAACGCACCUCCCUACCAGCCGCCACCUCCCUUCACCACUCCCAUGGAGGGCAAGGGCUCCCGUCCCAAGAACAUGACUCCCUACAGAUCUCCACCUCCCUACGUGCCCCCCUAAGACUUGUUCCACCCUCCCCUCGUAGGGUGAAGGGAGAGGAUGCCUGAGGAACUGUGGCAGUUUCCAUUCUGGUGUUUGUCUGUCUGGACAUUUACAGGGAGCGAUGACAAGAGGUGCUAAAGUACAAAACAGCUACAGGGGACUUUGGUUUGGGAAGGGGGCCGUAAAGAGCCGGGAGGGGGUUUUACAGUAGGCGGGAUGGUUUGUUGAAACAGCUGGGAGGGACUACUGGUUUAGUGGUAGCCCAGCUGCCACCGCGGCCUAAGACAAACUAAUUCUCGUCACAUUGGCUUUUGGAUCGACCGGUUGGUCAGAAGCGACGAUCUUAGAUGUGAUCUCUCCUCUUCUGAUUUAAAAUACAGGCUUUUAUUUUAGUAGUUCACCAUUAUCCCAAGGUUAUUAUUCUUCUUCUUUUCUGGACUGAAUUGUUUGCCUAACAACUCUUCUUUUGCGUUGCUUUUAAAAUGAUACGAUGAGACAGUGAACUGCCACCAGACCGCUGCAGGCAACAACUCGUGUUUUUUAAUAAUGAGAGUGAGAUUCUCUGAAUAUGAAAAAAAAAGCUAUCAUAAGGAUCGUGAAUCACCUCUGCAGAUGACACAAGAGAAAGGGAGGCCGAGGUGUGUGUGUGUGUGUGUGUGUUUAUUCAGAUUCAAUACGGUUUGCCUUUUAACACUAGCUGUCUGUUUCUAUUCUUAUUCACAACGUCUAGUAAAGAGGAGAAUAACAAGGUAGCCUGAAAAAAGAUUUAGAGAUGAAUAAUAAAUAAUUUGUUUGCUUCAUUGGUUUUAAAGUUCACUGUAUAUCUGGAAGAUGUUCUGAUAGAUUGUGUUAUAUUUUUUUGGUGGUGGAAGAAAGCGGGACUGGCUCGCUAAAAUAACCUGAAGGAGCUCUUUAUUCCUGUUUUUCAAAUAACAAUAUAGAACUAUUACAGUCCAUUAGAUGACGAUCCAACCCUCCUCUCAGUGACCUCAAUAAGGCGUCAUAAAACUGUGGUUUGAUGAUUAUCUAACUAACUUGUAAAGGCAGUUUGGUGUCGAUUUGGAGGUCAAAUGUGUAGUUUUAUGCAGAUGAUGGUGACCUUUAUUGGGCGACGCCGUGACCCCGAGGUCAACAACACUAAGACGUAAAAGCCAAAUGCCACGUCGGCCCUUUUUUCUACACGCAAACCUCCAACGGGCGCGAAGCAGGAACAAGAGACUCCUCCAGCUUAUUUUGGACCGGGGAUAAUUAUUUUUUUAUGUAACAAGGCGGUUCUUCUCCCCAGGCGGAGGAGGAACCGUGGAGACUGUCCCCACGUGGGAUUGUACAGAUACUCACAUUUUAGAGGUCACAGAGGUCACAGAGAGGUCAGAGUUCAGGAAGGAGAAGAGGGAACCUUGAAUCUCCAGCAAAUUAGCUCACUGAACAAAACGCUCACCGAAAAUCUCCUUCUAAUUUUUUUACAAAGUUUUUGAUACAGCCUCAUUGUUUUUGAUUAUUAAAAGAAAACAUGAUUAAUGAUUAGUCUUCUGUGAUUUGUAAAAUCUUAGCCUAGAAGUUCAAAUAUGAUUCAAUUAUGUACACUUUUAUUUCUUUUUCAUGGGUCACAUUUUCAAGUGUUUUUUUGUUCAGUUUUUUUUUGUUGUGUGUGUUUGAAUAUCGAUAAUGUAUACAAAGACGGACAUAUUUUAUGUAAUCACACAUUUUAUUUUCAUGUCCUUUUUAUGUUUGCUCCUGAUUUUCGACUGAACGUGACCCUUUGCAAUAAUAAUGUACGCAGUCCUCUGACUCGUCAUGAUAUUGAUGGUUUUUUGCAGGAUGCCUUUUGAUGGCUUUUUUGCUUCUCAAGUGUGCAUUGUCAUAAUAAAACCAACUGGUACGAUUUAAA